AUGGGUGUACCUAUGGAAGGCUUUUUUGAUGGGGCUGAGGUAGUAUUAGCAACGCCUGCCCCUUCUACUGCUGCACACAAGACUCCUGCCAAAACUCCCACUCCUUCUGUCGAGCCGGUACCUAGAGAGGGUAUUCAUGUCGAAGGGGUUGGUGAGACUAUACCUUUACUUGCCGAGAGACCCACUCCUUCAAAGGGAGCCAUUCCUCCUGCUGCUGUUCAAACUAAGGUCACUUCUCCCGUUCUGCCGCUUGUGGUUUCGACUAGUGACCCUUUUACAGCUAUCUCCCAGGCUGCAAAGGGUGGUGCCUCGCUUGUUGUUACUCCUUCCUCCAUUCCCGGCUCCGCUACUUGUGGCCCUGAUCCGGACUUAUCCUCGGAAGGAUCCGAUGACAUUCUUGAGGAUCCUGAUGAUGCACCUAUGUUGAAAAAGAGAAUUUCCGAUUUUGAUGAAGAGGGGAGUGCUUCGCUCGAGCCUGACUUCAUGGAGACUUCUGAGGGGCCAGAAAUUGCAGCAGGCGUGGGAAUGACUGCUCUUGCCACACCCGUAGCACCUAUUCCUGCUGCACCUUCAGUACCUGUUUCAGCCAUACCUACUACCCCUGUUUCUUCUGUGCCCGCAGUACUUGUUUCUGCUACACCCGUAGCCCCCAUUCCUGGUCCACUCCUUACUAUCCCUUCUCAGUUUGAGGCGGGUAGUAGUUCUGCCGCCAUCCCGGAUGAUGCUGCGUCCUUCCUUGUCCACUUUGACUAG